AUGGGUCAGGGAAUGUCAUGGCUUUCUGGCCUCCUGUGGGCAAAGAAGGAAAUUAGGAUAUUGAUCUUGGGAUUGGACAACGCUGGCAAGACAACCCUUCUCUACAGACUCAAAAUAGGCGAGGUGGUCACAACGAUCCCAACAAUCGGGUUCAAUGUUGAGUCGGUCACAUACAAGAACCUGAACUUCAAUGUUUGGGAUCUCGGCGGUCAAACGAGCAUUAGGCCCUAUUGGAGGUGCUACUACGCGAACACAGCAGCCGUCAUCUUCGUCGUCGACUCCACCGAUAUAGAGCGUCUACAAACAGCAGCGGACGAGCUGGCAGCCAUGCUUAACGAGGAGGAGUUGAAGGACGCUGCGCUGCUGGUGUUCGCGAACAAGCAGGACCAGCCAGGGGCAAAAGGGGCGGGCGACAUCUCACAGGCGCUGCGGCUGGGAGAGCUGAGGGACAGGAAUUGGAGCAUCAUGGCGUGUUCGGCGGUUGACGGUAGUGGUGUGACCGAGGGAAUGGACUGGCUGGUGCAAACCGUCUCCCAAGAGUAA